UUGAGCGGGCAGUGAGGAUCCCUGACACUUCAGAGAGCUUGCACAGUGCAGAGGAGAUGAUUUUCAACAGCCAGCAGUGUGCUCAGAAGUAGGGAUUAUGACAGUCUUGGAUGGGAAUUAAGACAUACAGAUGGCUGCUCUCAUGUGAUGCCAGGUUUCACCCUGGUCAGCAACAAGGGGGAUGUCUGAAGACGUCAGCCAACACUGUUUGGGCUGAUAGUAAACUUGUUUUGGAGGUGGGAUGCAGCGAAGACUAGUGUAGCAUAUAUACCUAUAUACCUGAUUGUACUCUGCAUUUGUGGCUGGAUAAGAUGCAAUAUGGACGAACUGCCCUGGAACAGAUAAAAAGUGAAGGACAGAGGAAGCCUUGAGCAGUUUAACAGAGAGAAAGUACUUAUCACAGACAUACACAAGACGUCAUGUCCACCUCGAUAAAGCAGGAGAGAACCAUUUGUGUUCUUCUCCCCAACAAAGACCAGCUGGACAUCACUGUCGGGCCGAAGUCCACAGGGCAGGAUGUUUUUAAUCAUGUGGCAGAGCUUCUUGGAAUCAAAGAACUGCACUUCUUUGGCCUCACAGUGGUGAAGGACAAUGAGCACAUAUUUUUAGACAUGGAGGAGAAACUGAUUAACUACUUUACUAAGGAAUGGAAGCAAGAUUCAGGAAAGGGGUUACGGAAGAGACCAUUGCCUCUAGUGCUCUGCCUCAAAGUGCAGUACUAUAUAGAAAAUGGUAGACUCCUUUGUGAACGAAAGGCACGGCAUCUAUACUAUUCUGACUUGCGGGAGCGGGUGCUUCGCUCUGAAUGUCGUCAGCAGGAGGAGGUGUACUUCCAGCUGGCAGGUUACGCUUUGCAGGCUGACCUCGGUGACCACCCGCCGCCCAGGGAAGAUAUGGAGAUCACUCCUUACUUUGAACCCAAGGAGUACUUUCCCCCUUGGAUUGUAGCAAAGCGUGGAGUAAACUAUCUCCUCUGCCACGGGCCCAAGGUGCAUCAGGAGCAGUGGGGCAUGUCUCCUCGUGAUGCCAUCCUUCUCUUCAUCAGGGAGUCAUGUCGACUGGAGGAUGUACCUGUCACAUUUUACAGACUGCAAAAGGACAAAAAGGCAGAGAGAGGAACAGCGUUGCUCGGUCUGACCCUACGAGGAAUGCAGGUUUAUCAGGAGGUGAACAACAUGCGACAGCUGCUGUACGACUUCCCCUGGUCAAAUGUGGGACGUCUCACCUUCCUGGGUAAGAAAUUCGAGAUCCAGCCAGAUGGCUUGCCAUCAGCCAGGAAGCUGGUUUACUACACUGGGUCAUCGUUCCGCUCUCGCCACCUCCUCCUGCACCUGAGUAGCAGCCAUCGCAUCUACCUCAGCCUCCAGCCUGCCCUCAAACACCUACGCCAGCUGGAGGAGAGCGAAGAGAAAAAGCGUUACAGAGAGUCAUACAUCAGUGAUGACCUGGACUUAGACCCCCCAGGCAGUGAGAGCAGCCCUGGUCUGUCCCGACACUCCACCAGCAGCUCUGGAAUCGAAGCUGACGCCCGCCAACACAGCAUCUCCACAGAGAUGGCCUCCAUGGUGGAGGAAGGUCAACGGCAAGCAGAGAAGUGUUUCGGCUCAGCAGCCAGCCGUGGCAGCUCCUGUACCUCUGGGUUUGACGCAGGCAGUAAGGCUCGAAUAGAAGAUGAGGGCUGGCGAGAGGAAGAGAUCAAGACCAAUCUUGGAAGUCUAAAGGAGGUUCUCGUGGAUGAUCCUGAUGAGAUGUUCCAGCUGGCUGAUCUUCUUGAAGGAGUGUCAGUGGAUUGUGCAGAUCUGUCCUCAGAGACUCUCACACCAGAAAACAAAGUGUGUACCCCAGACAGUGAUGAAGAUCUCGGGAAAUUACGUAACAAGGAUAUGUUAAAACAGAUGCUGAAAUCUAGGGCACAAGUUUGCGUGGAUCGGCACAGUCACAGUCUAGAUGAUGUACGUCUAUUCCCACCUCCAGCACCUCUUGGGGCGACACUGCCACCUGAUUCCUCCCACAGCUAUACCUUUGGGCUCCCAGAUGCCUCAACCCCUGUUGAUCACAGUCAUUACCCCCUUUUGCACUGCCAAGCCAAACCUUCCUUCUAUGGCCGCAGGUCUACCAACUGCCUCUCCCUGGAUAUGUUAGGUGAUGAACAGUUCCUGGAAUUCAUACUUUGAACACACCAAGUGCUGAUGUCCACAAACACGCCUGUUCUCUUCCUUCAUUUACAGUGCAGCUUAGCUCAUAGGUUGCAAACACAUGAAUGUCUCAGUGUUUUCUAUGUGGUGACGAUAACAAGGAGGGAUGUGUGUGCUUCAAAUUGCAAAGAGACAUUAUUGAAAAUGACGGGACCCCUCAUUCCUCUUAGAAAAGAUGCGGAUUAGAUAACAGAUCUAAUUCAGCAACAUUUCAAUCAGUAAACUAAGCAUAUUUAUUAAUGUUGUUGUAUAUUGUGUACAUACUAUACUUCUCUGAGCAAAAACAUUUCUAAUCAAUUUUAUUGUCUUUUGUAAAGUUCACUUUGUUAAACACUUUCUGAAAUGUCUGAAUAGGUUAAUAUCUACCGUAACAGAUAUUUUAAAAUGUUAAGGCCAUGCAGUCAUGUGCUGCAUUGGAUAUUCUUAAGAUGGGACUUAACUUUCCUUGCCAUUAGCCUAUUUGCUAAUUUAAACACUUAAAUGUCCUUGUUUUAUCCAGGAGAAUCUCCAGAAGCCCCUGAAUGUUUGUGCUCCUGUAUUCCUUUGUCCUUUUUUAAAAAAAAAAUCAUAUUUUAUAAUAUACUCUAUUUUUGUAUAGUGUGCUGUCAUGCUUUUCCUAUUAGUCUGCCACAGUGAUGUAGCUGCUGAUGUGGAAAAUGUAACCUCUUUAUAGCUGGUAAUGCAUUCAUCCAAAGCUUCCCUAUUCUAUACUCUUCUCCCGCUGCCGUAAUUACAACAGAAAAGUAUUUGUAAAGUACUAUUUCUGUAACUAGUGUAUAAUGAAUCUGCAGUAUUUUGUAUUAUGUAACCCCCAAACAAAGAGCCUUUCUGUCAGGUUUUUCUCAGAUAUUAUUUUCAAUGUUUUGUAAAUGAUAAUUGGUAUGCAAAAGAACUGAUGUAUUUAACCAAUAUGAACUCACUUGGAAAGACUGUGAGUCAUUAAACACAGAAAAACUUUUACACAAUGCCAAUAAUGUAUGAACAACUUUCAGUGUUAAUUCACAAUACUAAACAAUUAUUUUUUAUCUAAAGUUUUUUUUAUUAUAAUAAAAAUAAAUUCUUAAUGCCACUAAAUGAAA